AGGAUUCAAAGAGAUCGCCUACCGUACGGCAGAACGGACGAUUGAAGUUGAGGGAUCUCGGAGAACGUAGCUGACAAAACGUCUACUGUAGAACCGUGAGAUAGUGUAUGGUGGAUACCGAGGAGUAUCGUCUACGUUCGAGGUUGAUAGUGUCGUGCGACUCGGAGGGAAUCGGCGACACGUGCGGCCGCGUAACUGUGAAUCGAAUAUCAGCGACAGGUCAUCGCACGGCCGCACAAUGAGCUUCCUAUUCGGAAGCAGAUCUUCGAAAACCUUCAAGCCAAAGAAGAAUAUUCCCGAGGGGACUCAUCAGUAUGACCUGAUGAAGCAUGCUGCUGCCACCCUGGGAUCUGGGAAUUUGAGACUGGCAGUUAUGCUUCCAGAGGGCGAAGACUUGAACGAAUGGGUUGCAGUGAACACUGUUGAUUUCUUCAAUCAAAUCAACAUGUUGUAUGGCACUAUCACAGAAUUCUGCACCGAAGAAAGUUGUCCCAUCAUGUCUGCAGGACCAAAAUACGAGUAUCAUUGGGCCGACGGACACACCGUCAAGAAGCCUAUCAAGUGCUCUGCUCCAAAGUAUAUCGACUACUUAAUGACUUGGGUACAGGAUCAGUUAGACGAUGAAACAUUAUUUCCUUCCAAGAUCGGUGUUCCUUUCCCAAAAAACUUUCUGUCCAUUGCGAAGACAAUAUUGAAACGACUGUUCAGAGUAUACGCCCAUAUCUACCAUCAACACUUCAGCGAAGUGGUGCAGUUAGGGGAAGAAGCACAUUUAAACACAUCUUUCAAACACUUCAUAUUUUUCGUUCAGGAAUUCAAUUUGAUCGAGAGAAGAGAAUUAGCGCCGUUACAAGAAUUAAUAGAGAAAUUAACGGCAAAGGACGCCCGAUGAAUGAUCUCGUCUCGUCACCCGACAAAUAACUCCUCCAAAGAAUCUCACCCGUGCUAUCUUGUAACGAAAGUGUAACUGCGCAUGUUAUUUAACUAACUUAAUCAUUGCUAACGUGACCAUUGCCUCGGGCCAGGAGUCGCCUGGCUACAUAACAUUCUAUUCAUUUGUACGAGAAGUGACUGAUUAUAAAUUUUCUAACAAACCGCGGACAUCCGAUCGAACGGUAAUGAUACUCGAUAACAAAAUUUCGGUUGCUCGUGAAAACCGAAAACGGUGAUACCAGAACAAUUAAGGGGGUGAAGAUUAGUAAUGUAGACUUUUGUAAAAUAGUUGUACACCCGGUACGCGUAGUAGCGCUCGUUCUUUUUUUUACGUUUCGAGAAAGAUGGUAAAAAAAACUGUUGUUUUUUAAUUAGCGGAGGUUUCCCCGCGAAUUGUAAUUUAUUAUGCGUAACAAGUUUUUAUACUUGGAAUUUACACUUGAAUAGUGUUCAAGCCGAAGUACGCACCAAUUUUUAUAUGAUUCUUGUUGUUAGAAUCGUAAGUUAAUUACUCGUUGGCGGCAAGAAUCAUCGAAAAAAACCGUGUACAGCGUGGAUCGAUGCGCGGAGAGAUUAAUUCAUAUCGGCUGUAGAACAGAUUUAUAGCAUCGUAAAAUGUUCGAACAACGAUGAUACUCGGGCCCUGCGUUUCUAUUUUCAUCGAUACACCUUGUCUCCAAGUAUCAUGAUACGUAAUUCUUAUUGUUGUUUCGAAAGUAUCGUCGUUUAUCAAACGGCAAGGUCGACACACACGGUUUAUCUAAGAAACAGAAACUAAAAGAAACAAUAACACUACCCCGAUCAUGUUUUUUCGUCGAAGGAUCUGUUCGAAACUGUUGCGUCUACACUGUCGUACGAAUCGGGACGACACGGUAUAAUGUUUAUAUCACGAUACUGCACAUUGUUGGUAUAUAAAGUUAUUAAGUUAAUAUAAUGCUAUUACAUUAUAUUCAUAAUAUGUAAUUAGUUUUUAGACGAUUCCCGUGUUAAGCGCUUAAUAGAAAUUAUUUAAUAGAGUUAGGGAUUUUAUGCGCACUAUAUUUUAUCAUUUAUACGAGUGAGUUUUUGAGUCUGUUCUAUUUUAGAGAUGCAUAUUGUAUUUAAGCCGUUUGCGUGUCGUGCAACUGGGAAAGAAAUUCGUUUUCUCGCGACGAGACAAAUUUUUCGUGCCGAAAUUCUUUGUUUGUUAACAAGUUUGACGCACAUCGGCCGAAAUGGUAUUCCCAUUCCGGCGAAUGAGAACUUCCGUUUCUUUGACGUUCGUUUCACGGUUUAGAGUUUUAUUCGAUGGGUACAGGGUAUCCCAGGAAGAACGCAAAGGGCCAAUUGGCUUGCAUAAGAUGAAAACAGUGAAGAGCUCGUGUAUUUAUGAGAUGGUACACGUACUCGUCAGUUACGUCGACGUGUCGACCCUUCGCAAUACAGUUCAACUUUCUACGCUUCUCUAAAGAAAGACUUAACACUUUAGCUAUCGCAGUCAAUAAUCUUUCUUCUAAAUACUGAUCUCAUAGAGGAUUAAAUAGUUCACGAUUGAAAUUGUUAUCGCUGCCGGACAAUUCGCUGAAAGGUCACAACAUAUUUAUCACUGAUUUAGAAAAGACUGUUAAGAGCCCCGCCGAUAGGCAAAGUGUUAAUCCGAACCAUUCUGUUCCUACGGUGUACUGCGAAGGGUUCAUUAAACUUGAUAGAAACACCGGAUAGGAUAUAAUACGUUUCUAGCGCGUUCAGCUACAUAUGUUCGUUUUUUCGCUUAUAGAUGAGAUGUUAAUAUAUAUAGAUACAUUAUACAGAGAAUGCUUACUGUUUCCACGCGCGGCGAACCGCAAACCGAUGCAAACCAAGUAUUAAAUGGAGGCGUUGUGUAUCCGCUUGCAACGAUAGAUACGCUAUUUAGAAGUUCUUCUUUUUCGUUCGCGCGCUCUCGCUCUCUCUCUCUCUCUCUCUCUCUCUCUCUCUCUCUAUCACGUUCUAUGCCCUUUGCUGUGAUGAACAGAGUUUGCAUUUUUUGCGGAACGCGCUACGCUUACAUAUGGAGAAGAGGCGAUUACGUGUAAGUUCUCAAUGUGAACGGCAUUUGUUUAGGGAAUGAUGUUGUUUUUGGAAGAAAGCCAUUGCGUACGACCGCCGGAAACGAGUUCGCUUUCGUUCAGGCUAUUCAAUAGAAUUGUUAAAGUAAACGAGGCAUUCGUAGGCGAGGAAAACCGCAGUAAUUUUUACCAUGACUUUGCGCGCGUACGAAAUUUUUAUUGUGCACCUUCGGCCGAGGGGGAAUACCGUGAACUCUUUCGUUUAAUCGAAGUAGAUGUUUACUGUGCAAUGCGAUUUUGCACAUUUUAUGGCGGUCACCAUAAUUUUAUACAUUAUCCAUCUAUACGCAUAUCGUCUAAAAGAUGUAUAUGCAAAUAGAAAUUUUUGUAGUAUAACUUCAUAAUAAUCGGAAUCAUGUGAACGGCUUACUUUGCUAAUCGGGUCUUAAUAUAUGUAAUGGGCAUGAUCAAGCGCCAUGAUGCGGGCAUUAGCAUGCCAUUCUUUAGCGACCAUUUAAUUUGAUGCGGACCGUAGCGUCAGGAAGGUGUGUAAAUGCUUCGCCGAGUCGACGAGUUCACCGUAAUCCCUCACGCAGAUCGUACACAUACUUCGAAGGAAAACGUUUCGCAAAACGAGCAGAGGAACAAAUGAUAUAUUUUUAAGUGGGGACCGCAUAUUAUGCGGAGAGGUGUGUCGUUUGAAUUUCUUUUCGUUACAUACCGAACGAACGUGAACGUCACGCGGCGACCACCGUAUGUAAUCCAUGUGAUACUACUUCUUUUAUUUGUCGUGUGAUUCACGCGAGGAUCAAAUGCGAAAUUUCACGUGGUCCAGGACUAAUAAUAAAUGUAUUUUAUUAUACACGAAAUGUAAAACGGAGUAGCUUUGAUAAUUAUCGAUAUUUAAAACACGAUUAGAAAGGCGAGAAACUGAAAAAACCGAUCGCUCGUCUGCUGCGACGUUUAAGUAACUAUAAUUUCAUUUGUUUUCCAACCAUUCACGAGGGUCCUUGGUCAUUGUUUGACCGCGCGGAUCUUCGCGCUGGAAUGGACUUGAACUUUACUCUGUUAGAUUUCAAUGAAAAUAAAAAUCCUAUUGAAGCGUU